AUGGCGAGAGAUAGAUUCAAAUCAUCUCCACACUCUUCAUUUCGAUUGUGCCGCAAGGGAAACAGAACAACAGAUGGUCGUCAAUAUAAUAUACCAACUACUUCAGAAGUUGCAGGUUUAAUAGUCGGUGAUUUUACAAAGUUGAAUUGUCAUCGUGAUAUAAUUGUUGAGCAUCAAACUACAGGUCUUCAAAGAAUCACAUAUUUGCAUCCAAGUUUCAUGUCAAUAACAUACCCAUUGAUAUACCCAUAUGCUGAAGAUGGUUAUAGAACUAACAUUCCUUUAAGAAACUUGUCAAACAAUGAAUCAAAAAGACAAAAAUUGACGAUGAAACAAUAUUAUUGUUUUCGUCUUCAACAAAGAUUACAUGAAGGAAAAAGUCUUCUUCUAGGAGGUAGAUUACUUCAACAAUAUAUCGUUGAUUCUUACAUGGCAAUUGAAGAGGAGCGUUUUAGAUGGAUAAUAAAUAACCAGACAAAACUCAGAGCCGAUCUUUAUUCUGGAUUAAUGGAUGUUGUUCAUCGUGGUGAUUCAGAUUGGUCAACGGUGGGGAAAUCAAUUAUCUUACCAUCAUCACACACCGGAGGACCACACUAUAAAGCACAAAACUAUCAAGACGCAAUGACAAUUUGCAAAUGGGUUGGGUAUCCAGAUUUGUUUCUAACUUUUACAUGCAAUCCUAAAUGGCCUGAAAUCAAAGACAUGCUCCAGAAAAUCAGCCAAAAAGAUCAUGAAAAUCGUGCAGAUAUUGUGUGUCGCGUGUUUGAGAUAAAACUCGUCCAACUAAUGCAAGACCUAAAGACUGAACAACCAUUUGGUCAAAUAAUCAUAUGUUUGUACACAAUUGAAUUUCAAAAAAGAGGAUUGUUGCAUGCACAUAUCUUGCUCUUCUUACAUCAGACGACAAAAAAUCCUUCGGGUGACCAUAUCGACAAUAUAAUAACAGCCGAAAUUCCUGAUCCACAUGUUGAUCUUGAUGCCUACAAUGCAGUCAAAAAUUUUAUGAUGCAUGGGCCAUGUGGAAGUUCAAAACCUAAAUGUCCAUGUAUGGUACAAGGCAGAUGUUCAAAGCUUUAUCCAAAGAAGUUUGUUGACAAAACCAUUAUCGAUGCCGAGGGAUUCCCCAUUUACAGAAGAAGGAAAACAAAUAUAACUAUUUGUAAGAAAGAUAUCUUCUUGGAUAAUCGUUCAGUGGUCCCAUACAAUAGAAACUUGUUGGUUAAAUUUGAUGCACAUAUUAAUGUGGAGCUCUAUAAUUUCUCCAGAGCUAUAAAGUAUCUAUUCAAAUAUCUUCAUAAAGGAUCCGUUAGAGCUAUUGCAACAAUUGAAUCCUCAGACAAAGGUGAAGGGAACGAUGAGAUCAAAAUUUAUUUGGACUGCAGAUAUAUAUCAGCUGCUGAGGCUUGUUGGAUGAUCUUUCAGUUUGACAUACAUUAUAGACACCCAUCAGUUGAAAGAUUGCCAUUUCAUUUUCUUGACAAUCAUACCGUCGUUUUUCGUGAAAAUAAUUGUGUUGAAAACGUUCUAUCUAUGCCUGGCAUGGAGAAGACAAAGUUUACAGAAUUGUUUGAAGCAAAUAAGAAAUAUGUGGAGGCACGACAAUUAAGUUAUUCAGAUUUUCCCAUACAGUAG